UGGAGAAGUGACAAUGUCUGGUCUGAGCAGGGCAGACCCCCCCAGCGUGACCCCUCAUUCUCCUGCUUCUCCUUUCCUCCCCAGCUCUACCUUCGGUGGCCUCUGCUCUGCCCCAGGAGAACAGCCUGGAGGAAAAGGGAAUGGCUCCUGUCCUGACAGCCAGGCCGGGGGAGGUAUCAGUGACAUUCCAGGAUGUGGUUGUGGAAUUCUCUUUGGAGGAGUGGAAACAUUUGCACCCAUCUCAGAAAAAGUUAUACAGGGAUGUGAUGCUGGAGAACUAUAGGAACUUGGUGUCUUUGGGAUUUGCUGUUUCCAAACCACAUGUCAUCUACCAGUUGGAAAGAAAGGAAGCAACUUGGAUGCCAGAGGCAGAUAUUCCAAGAAGCAGCUGUCCAGGGAACAAAGGAUUUACUGGAGAGAAAUACUAUGAAUGUGGUGAAUGUGGGAAGGCCUUCAGGAAUAAGACACAACUUACUGUGCAUCAGAGUAUUCAUACUGGAAAGAUUCUUUAUGCAUGCAAAGAGUGUGGGAGGGCUUUCAUCUACAACUCAGAACUUCGUCUACAUCAGAGAAUUCACACUGGAGAGAAACCUUACGAAUGUAGUGAAUGUGGGAAGGCCUUCAGUAAGAAGUCAAGUCUUGCUGUGCAUCAGCGAAUUCAUACUGGAGACACACCUUAUGAAUGUAGUGAAUGCAGGAUGGCCUUCAAGAGUAAGGCACAUAUUAUUUUUCAUCAGAGAAUUCAUACUGGAGAGAAACCAUAUGAAUGUAACGAAUGCGAGUUGGCCUUCAGGAGUAAGACACAACUUACUCUGCAUCAGAUAAUUCAUACUGGAGAGAAACCUUAUGAAUGUAGUGAGUGUGGAAAGUCCUUUAGAAGUAAGGCAGAUAUUACUGUACAUCAGAGAAUUCAUACUGGAGAGAAACCUUAUGAGUGUAAUGUAUGUGGGAAGAAGUUCAGGAGGAAACCGCGUCUAAAUGUGCAUCUGAGAAUUCAUACUGGAGAGAAACCUUAUGAAUGUAGUGAAUGUGGGAAGGCCUUCAGGAGAAAGACGCAACUUACUGUGCACCAGGGAAUUCAUACCAGACAGAAACCUUACAAAUGUGAAUGUGGGAAGGCCUUUAGGAGUAAGACACAACUUACUGUGCAUCAGAGAAUUCAUACUGGAGAGAAACCUUAUGGAUGUGGUGAGUGUGGAAAGGUCUUCAGCAGGAAGCCAAAUCUUACUGUGCAUCAGAGAAUUCAUACUGGAGAGAAACCUUAUGAAUGCAGGGAAUGUGGGAAGGCCUUCUCGAGGAAGGAAAACCUCCAUAUGCAUCAGAGAAUUCAUACUGGAGAGAAACCUUAUGAAUGUAGUGCAUGUGGGAAGGCUUUUAUACGCAGUGCACAACUUUAUGUCCAUCAGAGAACUCAUACUUGAGAGAUUCCUAAUGAAUAUAAAGGGGAGGGGAAAGACCAUCGUAACUUAGAUUUUAUUGAACAUCAGAGAAUUCAUACUGGUGCAGGUCCUUACAGAUAUGGAAAGGCAUUCAGGAGGAGGCCACAACUUACUGUACAUCUGAACAUUUAUUCAGGAUAGAAAACUUACGAAUAUAGUGAAUUUGGAAAGGCCUUCAGGGGUAAGACUAUUUGCUGUGCAUUAAAAAUUCAUUCUGGGAAGAUUCUUUAUGAAUAUGAGGAGUGUGGGAAGGCCUUCUGCUACAACUCAGAACUUACUGGACAUCACAGAGUUCAUACUGAAGAGAAACUUUAUGAAUGUUGGGCAUGCCUUUCUCCUGAUUUUAGAACUUAGUUAUCAGACCAUUGAGAUUGGAGCGAGACCUUAUGUAUGUAAUGAAUGAGGACACAACUUACUCAGCAUCAACGAAUCUGUUCUGGAGAGAAACUUAAUGAGUAAGGUAAUACAUGUGGGAGGGCGUUUUGACUGAGGAUAAUCUUCCGAUGUCUGUCAGAGAAUUCAUACUCUGUAUAACCUUUAAGAAUGUAAGGUGUGUGCGAGGAUCCCAUAGCUGUGUCUAUGAUUCUGAGUCUGUAUAUGAAGUUCUAAAGUCCUUAUUUGGCCCUCAGGGAAGGAAAUAUCCCUCCCCUCUGCAGAGCCCUCUAAGGGGAGAAAGAUUAAUGUUAUCCUCCGUGAGCCUUCUGGUAUGGAGAGGAUUUCAUGGUUGAGCCAGAGGAUACUGAGUGAGUGGUGGUUAUUGGGAGAGCCUUGAUGUUAACUUUGAUCCCUGGGCAGAUGCACGCACUAGGCAUAUGGAUGACCUCUCGGCUAUCAGAUGAGCCUGAUAUAUGAUAAAUACUUAUUGACGGUGCUUGAGGAAUGUAUCAUAAUCUGAGCUGUGUUCCUCAUGUUGCUGGUGCUGCUUCUGCUCAUAUUCAUGCGGGUAGCUACUGAUCUAGGAACAUUUGGAAUCUCAUCAAUUUUUUAAUAGCCUGGUAAGGGUCUUUAGCAGAUAUCGAUGCUGUAUGAUUUCUGCCUCGUGUUCUGAAUAUCAAAGCGAAGGAAUUAGUGACGUGCCAGUCAACAGCAGUAGUAACUAAUAAUAGUCUUUUAAGGUAGCUAUGGGCCUUGGCAUCUACUCAGUGACAUAUGAAAAGAAGGGUGAGAUUUUGAUUGUGCUCAAAGGAUAUGAACAGGGAGUUUUCAGAAGAAGAAAUCAGAGCUAACAAUUGUCUUAGGAAAAAAU